UCAGCUUCCGCGAAGGCGGGCCUUGCCCGGGCUGAUCCUCUCGAGGGUUGAUAAGCCCCGCGCCGGGUCCAGCGGGCACCAGAGUCCCGCCGUGCGUCGUCCUGUCGGAACGCUUUCCAGGCCCCAAGAUGAAACUGGUUAUUGCAGUUCUGUGUUUCGCCGUUGCAGUCUGCAUGGCGCUGCCUCCGCAUGGCAAACAGCGCGACGCGGAGGAGCGCGCGAGGCGGUCGCCCGGGGGCCGGGUGGUGGUCGACGUGGACCACGACAGCCGCCGCGGCACGGUGGCCACGGGCAAGGUGGGCGGCACCAUCUGGCGCAGCGACGACGGCCGCGCGCGCCUCGAGGGCGGCGCCCAGGCGUCCAAGAGGCUGGAGGGCGGCAAGCCCGACGUGGGCGGCUUCGUCAACUUCAAGGUGGACCUCGACUAGUGAGCCUCGCCUUUCCUCCUCCCUUGUAGACUACACCAGUUACCCCCUCGGCCGAAACAAACAAUCUUCUAAACUUCAAAACCCACUCACUAGAGUCGUCCACAGAUACUAUACCCUACCCACCAAUACAAUACUCUUCCGUAUACCAAGCAAUUUCCAUCCCUGCCAAAAGAUAUCAUCUCAUAUUCUCUAGUACCUUGUCCAACCCUCAAUGGUUUUAUACCCUGCUUAAAAGAACUACACCAAUUUUUAUUUUUUCCUGACCUAAACUAAAACUAAGUUUAUUGUUAGGGAGGGGUCUGGGUUAGGGAAGACUCCAUGUGCGUCCCAGGCCCUAAGCCUUCACGCCUCAUCAUGCUGGGUUUCAGCCAUGCAGAAAGGGUAGCAUGCAUCGUGUGCUUGUUCGAGGAUUAGACAACCAUGGCGGCAAUUGAUGGAAUUACUAUAUCCCCUAACUUAAACUCUAUACUGUAACUAGUCAACUUGGGCCCAGGUUAAAUAUUGCAAGCAUUAAGCAGGCAGGUUCUAUACAGGACAAUAAGGAUGGUCCGGAAGAAGUGUUGGUCGGGGCAGAGUGUUUCAACCGUGCCUAACAAUAAAUAUUCUAUUAUACCCACCAAUACAUUCCACGAACAACUCCUAUCAUUUCAUAAAUCCAUUAGUUCCAUCUUCUGCCCACAAAUACACAUUCUCGCUCAAUAAAACCUUACCUUCCCCUCCAACAUCAUCACACGCCCAUCAAUAUAUUUCCAUAAUCGUCAGUGCUCAUCAAUAAUGAUUAAUAUAUUAUCUGCCCAUAUAUUUAAUACAUAACCUCUCCUAUCACUUGCUCAUUAUGAGUUUACCUUAUCAACCAAUAAACUUAUUUAUCUAUAAUACUUUCCCCUAGCAAACCACUCUUUCUAAUAUUUAACGAUUAUAUUUAGGGGGAAUGAGUAUUUUCUCAUGUACCUAGGCUCUCAUGUACACAACGAUGCACUCUCGUACUUACUGGCAUCCUACACAACACUUUCUUUCCUGCCAAUUUCCUUGGCCACCCGAAAAGCUGCAGCGAACCACCUUGGACAUUGAAGAUACGUCGACUUCAAGAGAAACGUCAUUCAUCUUCAACAUAGACUCUAAGAACAGUUUACCUCUUGAAGGGUAAAGAUUUGAAAGAACUGAAUUGUUUAUAUAAGUGUUGUCUGCUUUACUGAAAAUUGAAUAAAUAUGUUUCUUGUUAUA